CAUUUCAGGAUACACUAGAGCACCAAAAUUAAUGCACAACACCACUGCCUGGUAUCAACUUAAAAUAGGUCCAGGUGCUACAAUUGGCAACAUGCACACUCUACACAAGAGUGACAACAAUGGCAUAGACCCAAAAUUAUGCUAUCUUCUUAAAAAUUUGGAACCUUCAGCAUAUAGGUGCACACACACACAAACAUACAAUGAAACACACCUGAGCUUCACAGAAUCGAUAUACAAUCUCACAUCAUACACACCUAAUGAGCAGAAACCAAAAACCUUUGUGUGGACAAAUCGAAAAGAAGGAACCUAUUGCGUAGGAAAAUUUACACAUAAUAUAGACAAUUUCACCGAUCCACACAAUUGUUCAUGGACUGCUACUUAUUGCUUCAAUUUGACCACCUGCGGAUACACCAGACCGAAACAGUGUCCAGAACUACACUCGAUUCCUCCUGGUGGACUAAUUAGAGGAAACAUAAACAAGACUCUAUUACAUGAUGUAAAUUUGGUAAUGACACAUGUAACUUACAAUAUUUCAAAUGUACUUUCUGCUUACGCAAGACAUUCUAAUGCUAAUGAUGAAUCAUAUGCAUGGCUACAGUCACGAAUCGAUGAUUUAAUUUCUGAUUACAAGGACAGACUUGCCGUCCAAAUUCCACCUGCUUGCUCAAAACGAGACCUGCUUGGUAAUAUAGCAGGCUUAUUCGGAUCAAUCAAUUCAGCAACUAACACUUACAAAAUAGCCAAACAAUCCCAAUUCUCCACAUGGUUGACGGACCAGAUGGCCACUGGUUUUCAACACAUCACCAAUAGCAAUGAUAACAUUAUCAAAGCGGUUAGAUCCGAAGUGCAGGCGCUUCUAACGAUCAGCCAUACACUGUUCAAUCAGACCCGUACCAUCGAACGUGACUUAGCCUGCAGAUCAUAUGCACAAGACUUGUUCACUGCAACAAGUAAGACCCCAAGACAUGUUUUGAAUGAUUUAAUUGAAAUCCUAGACCUACAUAGAUGGUUCUCUUCAGAGAAAAUGAAAAAUGUUAGAUAUUCAGAACUGUUAUCCACAGUUAUGAUGUAUACUGGAAACGAAUGUACUGGUUGCCUUGGGUUUUUUGCCACCUUUCCUUUGAUCCACCCAGACCAAGUUUAUCCAAAUUCCACUACUAUUCACUCUAUUGGCAUGGUAGUAAAAGAUCAGAUAAUUAAAUGGGACCACCUCACUGGAUAUAUGACUUUGAAGGGUACUGAGACCUUGUUUACCAGUCGCACUUGUUGUCAUGAAACUCACAAUUAUGUUGUCUGUACAUGUAACACACUACAACUUUUCUCUCCCAAUGAUACUAAACUCAUAGAUGUUCAAUCAUUACACGGCCAUUCAAAUGCUGUUCAAGUGUCUCAUACACAGUGGUGCAUCAUCAGUGAGAUGAAUUCUUUCACAUAUGGAGGACUGACCUGCCCUGCUAAUCACUCCUUUUGCUUGGAAGUGACAGAGGACUUUUCUAUGGGCCAGAUCGACAUCCUUGGAAGGACACCACAGGACGCAGAGGUCUCCCCAUGGUGGGAAGACACCUUCUAUGAACACGGGACACAAGCUUUGGUUGAGACGAUGGACUUAGUACAGAAAGUCAUCCUUCAAACUGAAUACCACCUCUCUCAAGUGCAAGUGGAGACAAACUUGGCGCGAAAGACUGCACAGAUUCUGCCUAGCUCAUCUACUCGAUCGGCUCAGACUGCAUACACUUGGUGGGACUGGAUGCUUCGAGGAUGUGCUGUUGGAAGCACACUCAUCUUCUUCACGCUCUUCCAAUGCUGCUACUUCAGAUACCUCAUCGAAUCGGUAAAGUCAUCCACCAAUGCUAUCCUGACUCUCAGUCCCCUACAACUACCCGCCUUACAAAGACUGAAGUGACACCGCCAGAACCCUUGUGAAUGGCUCACGGUGCCAAAGGGGGAAAAAACUGUAAGGAUGGAGUCGGACCGUCUGGACUGAGGGACGACUUCUCCCUAAGAGAACAAAGGACUUUCUUGAUAAUUUACAUUUGAACACUCUCCUGAAUACCCUCCUGCAUAAGUAACAGUGCCAUCGGAGACGCACCAUGCCUAGCAGUUCACACCUCACCACCACACUCCCUCCUCACACUAUGUUCCCCAUCCUUUCUCUCUCUCUCUCACCUAAAACUCACUCUAAAUCUAUGCAAUGUUAAGUGUAUACAACAGGUGACUAUAUAUGUUUGGUAUAAUUUGAAAUGUCUCAAUGUGCCUGGUAAAAUGGUCUCAUUCUCUUGACAUAGUGCAAACUCCCAAGAAGUUCUAGAGAACAAGAAAUAUUGUGGGCCACUUAAGGUGUGUCCUCCCCCAGGUCCUUCAUGUCCAACAUUGGCAUUAGUCAUGUGUACUUAGACUGUAGGGGCUAAUAAUGGGUUUUCCGUUCAGAACAACAGAAUGUUGUUAGAUCAAUCUGAAUAGGGUGAGCCUCAACCUCUGAUUAUUGUAAUAUUAUUCUAACUAAGUGUAUGUGGGAAACCACGGCAUGAUUAUGUAAAGUUACCAUUAGAGGAAGUUAAAUUGAUCAGCUUGGUUCUAUGGUAAUGGUCAUGACCUCUGGAUAGAUAUAGUCUUACUUUAAUUAAGUGUGUACAGAUCUAUGGGGACUGAAGAACAUACUUUUAGAAAUAAGCAAGCAUGGUGCGGCGUCUAAAAGUAUCAGUCAAUUGCCUCUGUCUAAUGACCAAGACUGACAAGUUUGUGAUUAAGAGAUCGU